AUGCAACCAUCUUUAGAAAAUAUUCCUGACGUCGGCGUCGCUAAAAAUUUGGACACUACUGAAAAUCUUAAUCAGGCACCAUUUUGUUCGGCCCACUCUGAUUCAAAUACAGUCUCUGCUGAAGAACCCGAAUCCAUCAGCCAAUCAGUUAACGCAGAACCUUUUGGUUCAGAUGACUCCAUUAAAGAUGUAGACUAUCUUCCCAGUGACCAAUCAGAUGAUGGUGGCUUAGACAAAACUAAUCAGAUACAAAAAGAUACGUCAGUUGAACCAUGGAACAAUUCUUGCAGGAUUAAAUGCAAAACUCGUAUUAGCCAGGAAGAAAGGAUAAAUAUUUUUACAUCAUUUUGGAAUCUUGCAAAUGUUAAUAGGCAACGAGAUUUCCUAAAUAAUUUGGUAGAGGUUAUCGAUUGUAAAAGAAGAACAACUGGCACUAACAACUUAAGAAGAUCCAAAUCUAUGAAAUUUUAUUUGUGCAUUAAGGAUUCUAGAAUAAAUAUAUGUAGAACAAUACUACUUAAUACCCUUGGUGUUAAAAAGGGAUUUCUGAAUUUUGCCAUUAAAAAACGUGUCCCAAAUAGUAACACCACAGAAAAAGAUAAGAGAGGCGCUCUAAAAUAUCAGAAGAUGCAGUACAUUUUUUAAAACAACGUAUUCAGAAAUUUCCUACAGUCUCUUCUCAUUAUUGCAGAAAAGACUCAAAAAAAAUGUGCUUG